CGAGGCGGCGGCGGCGGGUUGUGCCCGGCCCCCCUCCUCCUCGCCUCCGGUCCCCGGGCGACUGCGGACUCCGGGCAGCCCCCGGGCGGCGGCCGAGCGGACGGCGGGGGAUGGCGAGAUAGCGGCGCGGGAGCGGCCCGACUGACUGCUUUGCACGGAUGAUGAACAUUUCCUUGCGUUUGAGAAGACCAUCCCGGAUGGUGGAUGGUAAAAGGAUGAGGAUGACUUCAAGUUUCCAGCGGCUCUUACUAACAUUUAUUCUUCUGUAUUUAAUGAAUCAAGUAAAUAGCCAGAAAAGAGGGGCUCCUCGUGAUUUGAAGUGUAUAACUAACAAUUUGCAAGUGUGGGACUGUUCUUGGAAAGCACCCUCUGGAGCAGGCCAUGGUACUAUUUAUGAAGUUUGCAUUGAAAGCAGGUCCCGUUCUUGUUAUCAGUCAGAGAAAGCAAAUGCUAAAAUCCCAGCUCUUUUACCUGGCGAUCAUGAAAUAACCAUAAAUCGUCUAUAUGAUUUUGGAAAUCCUAUGAGUAAAUUCACACUAAAUGAAAAAAAUGUUUCCUUAAUUCCAGAUACUCCAGAGAUCUUGAAUUUGUCUGCUGAUUUCUCAACUUCUACAUUACACCUGAAGUGGAAUGACAGGGGUUCUGUUUUUCCCCAUCACUUAAAUGUCAUCUGGGAAGUUAAAAUUCUGCGUAAAGAAAAUACGGAAAUCACAAAAUUAGUGACCCACAACACAACUGUGAAUGGCAAAGAUACAGUUCAUCACUGGAGUUGGGCCUCAGACAUGCCCCUAGAGUGCACCACCCAUUCUGUGGCAAUUAGAUGCUAUGUUGACGAUCCUCAUUUCUCUGGUCGCAAAGAGUGGAGUGACUGGAGCCCAAUGAAGAACAUUUCUUGGUCUCCUGAUUCCCAGACUAAGGUUUUUCCUCAAGACAAAGUGAUACUUGUAGGCUCAGAUAUAACAUUUUGUUGUGUGACUCAAGAAAAAGUGUUAUCAGCACAGAUUGGCCAAACAAAUUGUCCCCUUAUUCAUCUUGAUGGGGAAAAUGUUGCAAUCAAGAUCCAUAAUAUUUCAGUUUCUGCAAACAGUGGAACAAAUGUGGUUUUCACAACAGAAGAUAACAUAUUUGGGACAGUUAUUUUCGCAGGAUAUCCACCUGAUAUUCCUCAAAAACUGAAUUGUGAGACAUACGAUUUAAAAGAGAUUAUAUGUACUUGGAAUCCCGGAAGACCGACAGCACUGGUGGGCCCACGCAAUACAAGUUACACUUUAUUUGAAAGUUUCUCAGGAAAAUAUGUUAAAUUUAAAAGAGUUGAAGCACCAACAAAUGAAAGCUACCAGUUAUUCUUUCAAAUGCGUCCAAAUCAAGAAAUAUAUAAUUUUACUUUGAAUGCUCGCAAUCCUCUGGGUCGGUCAGAAUCAACUAUUUUAGUUAACAUAACUGAGAAAGUUUAUCCUCGUAUUCCUACUUCAAUCAAAGUGAAGGAUAUUAAUUCAACAGCUGUUAUACUUUCCUGGCAUUUACCGGGCAACUUUGCAAAGAUUAAACUUUUAUGUCAAAUUGAAAUUAAUAAAACUAACGCAGUACAAGAAUUGCGGAAUGUCACGGUCAGAGGAGUAGAAAAUUCAAGUUAUCUUGUAGCUGUGGACCAGUUAAACCCAUAUACUGUAUAUACUUUCCGGAUUCGCUGUUCUGCUGAAACUUUCUGGAAAUGGAGCAAAUGGAGCAAUGAAAAAAAAUAUUUAACCACAGAAGCCAUUCCUUCAAAGGGACCAGAUACUUGGAGAGAGUGGAGUUCUGAUGGAAAAAACUUAAUAAUCUAUUGGAAGCCUUUGCCCAUUAACGAAGCUAAUGGGAAAAUCCUUUCCUAUAAUGUGUCAUGUUCACUAGAUGAGGAGACACAGUCCCUUUCUGAGAUCCCUGAUCCUCAACAUAAGGCAGAACUACAACUUGAUAAAAACGACUACAUCAUCAGCGUGGUGGCAAAAAAUUCUGUUGGUUCAUCGCCACCUUCUAAAAUAGCUAGUAUGGAAAUUCCAAACGAUGAUCUCAAAGUAGAGCAGGCUGUCGGGAUGGGAAAUGGAAUUCUCCUCACGUGGAAUUACGAUCCCAGCAUGACUUGUGACUAUGUUAUUAAGUGGUGUAACUCCUCUCGGGCCGAGCCCUGCCUCAUGGACUGGAAAAAAGUCCCUUCCAACAGCACUGAAGCUGUAAUAGAAUCUGAUCAGUUUCGACCGGGUGUAAGAUACAAUUUUUUUCUGUAUGGGUGCAGAAAUCAAGGAUAUCAGUUACUGCGUUCUAUAAUUGGAUAUAUAGAAGAAUUGGCUCCAAUUGUUGCCCCAAAUUUUACUGUUGAGGACACAUCUGCAGAUUCAAUAUUAGUAAGAUGGGAAGAUAUUCCUGUGGAAGAGCUUAGAGGCUUUUUAAGAGGAUAUUUAUUUUACUUUGAAAAAGGAGAGAGAGACACAUCUAAGAUCAGGGGUUUGGAAUCCGGUCGUUCUGACAUAAAGGUUAAGAAUAUUACCGACCUCUCCCAGAAGACACUGAGAAUUGCCGAUCUUCAGGGUAAAACGAGUUACCAUCUGGUCCUGCGAGCCUAUACAGAUGGUGGAAUGGGCCCAGAGAAGAGCAUGUUUGUGGUGACAAAGGAAAAUUCUGUGGGAUUAAUUAUUGCCAUCCUCAUCCCAGUGGCGGUGGCGGUCAUUGUGGGAGUGGUAACGAGCAUUCUUUGCUAUCGGAAACGAGAAUGGAUUAAAGAAACCUUCUACCCUGACAUUCCAAAUCCAGAAAAUUGUAAAGCUUUACAGUUUCAGAAGAGUGUCUGUGAGGGAAACAGCGCUCUCAAAACAUUAGAAAUGAAUCCUUGUACCCCAAAUAAUGUUGAAGUUCUGGAAACUCGAUCAGCAGUUCCUAAAAUAGAAGAUACAGAAAUAAUUUCUCCCGUAGCCGAGCGCCCAGAAGAGAGCUCUGAUGCGGAACCCGAGAACCACGUGGUUGUGUCCUAUUGUCCGCCAGUCAUCGAGGAAGAAAUACCGAACCCGGGAGUGGAUGAAGCCGGAGGGACCUCACAAGUCAUUUACAUCGAUGUCCAGUCCAUGUACCAGCCUCAGGCAAAACCAGAAGAGGAACAAGAGAGCGACCCCGUCGAGGGGGCAGGCUAUAAGCCACAAAUGCACCUCCCCAUCACUUCUACUGUAGAAGACCUGGCUGCAGAUGCUGACUUAGAUAAAACUGCAGGUUACAGACCUCAGGCCAAUGUAAAUACUUGGAACUUAGUAUCUCCAGACUCCCCCAGAUCCACAGACAGCAACAGUGAAAUUGUCUCUUUUGGAAGUCCCUGCUCCAUUAACUCCCGACAAUUUUUGAUUCCUCCUAAAGAUGAAGACUCUCCUAAAUCGAAUGGAGGAGGAUGGUCCUUUACAAACUUCUUCCAGAACAAACCGAAUGACUAACAGUGUCACUCUGUCACUUCAGUCUGCCAUCUCAGUAAGCUCUCACUGCUGGUGCUGCCGUGCCAGCAUGGGGCAUCUUGGAGGGAUCCUGUGAAGUGUUGUUAGCAAGGUGGACCUCACUGCGCAAGUUACACUCCAAGUGUUAAUGUGCUCUUAACGUAGUCUCAUGGCCCAAGUAGGGUAACUCAGAAAUCCAGACCAUGCAACUCAAGUUUCGGAGCUAUCUGUGAUUAGAGCCAAAGAAUUCUCUCGUGCUCCACCUUCGGGGAGCACUUCACGGCUAAUCCUGUCCGGUCCCACACAUGCAAAACAACUCCCACAGCAGCGCGUUCUGUUCUGUCAGUGGUUUUCUCAUACGGAUACUUUAUGGAAUUGCAAGCAGAUUUACAGGCACAGGAGAAAAAUGUCAAAGUAACAGAUGAUGUUUAUUUGCCUGACACUUGCUCCAUUUAGAUGAAAACCAAGCACAGAUUUCAAAAUUGUUAACAUCAUUCUCCUCUAUCCACAGCAUUUACGAAAAAUUAAUAUAAUUUUUAACGUAGCAACAGCUACUUAGUGUUUUGUUUGAUAAAGUAUACUGAUUUCCGUGCCUACUGUAUAAUGGUUAUCAAACAGUUUUCUCAGGGGUACAAACGUUGAAAAUGAGCGUGACACUGACCAGCCCAAAUGAGAAUCGUGUUCUCUUGCUUUGGGAGGGUUUACAAACCUGUCCCUUAUUUUGUAGCUUGCAUGCUGACUUCCCUUGCUGCAGUUGGUUGCCCUAAUACUUAAAAUUGAAAUUUCUGAGACUGCAGAUCUAAGUUUUCCUAAACAUCUGUUUUUUUGCGUGUGACAUGGUGCCCGUUUUGUAAACAUGAGCAAAUUCAGUAUUACUGAUAAACACAGGAUUCCAGGGGUUUCCUGUUUGAGGUGACUACUGGGCAGUCUCACUGUGUCAGCUAUGCUCGUGCAGCAGCCCUGAUCGGUGUCAGUGCCUCGUGAGAAGGCUGUGCCACGGAGCCCCACGCACCCAGGCGGUGAUGACCCAGGACAUCUCGUAGCAAACGUUCCUCCUGAUCAGGCAUUUUGGCAGGUUCUGCCUCUGAAAUGAUCGUGAGUCCAGACUGUUUGAUCCAGUCCUCAAAGUUUUAAAUCUAAAACUAAAAAGAUAAUGCUUCCUGUAGGAACCGUUACUCAAGGGCUAUUUUGUAUGAACUGUCACAAAGUCAGUUUGAAUCCGUGGGCACGCCUGCAUUAAGGGCACAGCAUUUUCUUUGUGAGCUGCCCGUGAUUGUGUGUCCUCUCAGCAUCCUCUGUCCCCUUUGGUCUUCAUACGUGAUGUCUAGGACGAAUGUGGUCAGAAUGAAAAACUCAAAAGUGUAUCUUCUGUUUCCCUCACCCCCACGUUGUCUUGUGUGUUUUGUCUUUUGACAGUUAAGGCAAAGUACCUGAAAAAUGGAAAUCUCUGAAUACAUCAAAAUGUGCCUGUUUUUUUCUUUUUUAUCAUCCGAGGUUCUGUGAUGUAUUUGCAUAUAAUGGAUCAGUUGUCUUUUUUUCUAGCUCCUAAUGUUUCUUUUAUAAAAACCAUGUCAUGGAAAAAAGCCACAGGGUGACAAGGAGCAAAAUCCAUUUGGGUACUCUAUGAAUCCUGGCUCUAAUUGCUAGAGUUCAACUAAAUUCUUGAGCUUCAUGUUACAUGGACACGUGCGAUGAACUAGAACUAAUUAUAUACACACACGGUAUAUUAAAACCAUGUCAUAGCUCCUUGGGAUUUAAAACAGUGAAAAAUCUAUCAAGCCAGAGCCAUCCCUAACAGUUUUCUCUUCUUCUUUAUCUUCUUGGGCUCCUUUCCUCAGCUUACACCCCAGACACUCAGACCUGGGGCUGCCUUCGUUUCCCGCCGUGGUUGGUCAUUACCGCACCCCUGCUGCCCACAACUCAUGCCUCGUUCCCCCUGAAACCAAAUGGAUCCUGCACUUCAUCUCCUUAGGAUAGCAUACGUGUUGGCUAAGGUAGACAUUUUUUUUGGUGUGAACUACACCUCACCGAGAAUGGGAAAAGGCAGGCCAACAGAAAUUGAUCUGUGUCAUCAGUACAUAUGCAUUAUGCAUUGCAGCCGUGGCCAUGUGGAUCUGAUGCCCUUUCCAGCCUAUACAGCUCAUUUGUUCAGCUGACAGGGAGUGUCACUGGGCUCUUGAGUCCUUUCACCUUGUCCGAGACUUCAGUACUUUUCCUGCAUGAAAAAGGUUCAGAGAGCUGCUCGGCUCUGCUCUCCCCUGCCUCUGGGGUUCCAUACACAGUGAUCACUAGGUUAAUGGGAAGCAGAGUAACACUGUUAGUGUGGGUAGGCUCCUGAUAAGUUGCCUCAUGCUUCGGAGUAUGUGGUUUAGGUGUCAGGCCAAAGGUUCCUUGCCUUUUCCCACGGAAUUGAAGACAGCCAGACCCACUGUGUAAAUCCUAAGUUAUUACCUCCCACCCACUCCCAACCCCCCAACCUGGGCAUAUGGGGGUGGCCUCAACACGGGGAGAGAGAGGGGAGGGGUGGAGAGAGAAGAUGCCCUUUGUCACAUAUCCAGUUGUUUGUGGCACUGGAGACCCUGGUAAAUGUGCACUGUCCGUCAAUGCUGGGGCCAUGCUCCAGUGUGAAAAGCAGUUUCGUAGGGGUCCUGCUCUGUCCAGUCAUGGUAGCGCCUCUGCCUGGGGCAGGGGAGACUAGAAUUGUUCUCUCCAGCCCUUCCUGACUGGGAAGGUAAUUGGGAAAUCCCUCUUUCCUCAACUAAGGCCUAGUCAUUGCUUAGAACAUUCUAAAUAUCUGAACUACAGUUACGCCCCACCAUGUCUGUUUAAUAGUACUGUGUAUUAGGACGCAUUUUCAUAUCUCUUACAAGCCAGUUCACUUAGUAGCCAAUUUCAGAUCAAGUUUCCCUUGUGAGAAAUGGAGAUUCUGGUGGUCAUUAUGGCUGCCUUUCUGUUGUGAGUGGCCCUCCUAGGUAAACAACAUUUAGCAUAAAAAUAUUCUUAGAAGACGUAGCUAGCAUUUUGGCAUUAGCUAGAGCUUGUGCAUUAUGGACUGCGUGGAUUAAUCUCCACAUAGAGUGGCAGUCAUCAGUGUGUUGAACUGUAGAAGCCUGGAUUUGAGAUUGUGGCCCUGGGUAUCUGGACAGUUGUGUGUUUAUGUGCUUAGGUGACAGAGGUGCUCUGUUCUGCAGCUGAGACUCAGAAGCAGCCGUUCGUGGAACAAGUUCAGGGAGGAAGUGUCAGCCUCGUCUUCCAUACCAGCAUAACCUUCACGGCCCGUGGGUCUGAAGAAUUUAGACACCCAGUACUGUCGCCCUCUCAGAAACUAGUGAAAGUCACACUGUUAAAACUUGAUGCAACUUGGAUUCUUGCUGGAAGUUAUUAGUCCUGUAAUUCUUAGUGGUUUUCAUGUUGUCCACGUUUAGGAACAUUACAGCCCUUUCUGUGUUUGAAUAACUAGAUUUAGGUUAGUGCAAAAAGAAUUUGAAAUCAAUUUUACGGUCUUUUGAAAUUGAAGUACUCCCUAACAUUCGACAUGCAGAAAAUGUUAUCUCAGAGCUUUCUACUGCUCAGGCACAUAAUCUGAUAAGACUUUUUUUUUUUUUUUCUAUUUACGCUAAAGUAAUUUUUACUGUUAUCUGUUUCGAACCAUUUAAACAUUUGCAUAUCUUUUAUAAAAUGUCUUUUUUUUUCUUAUUUCUUAUCUAAAAUUAAGCAUCUCAGAAUUCAAAUGUGAGAUCAUUAACUAUUUACAAAGACUAGGUACAUAGUGGGAGUUCAAUGAGUAAUUGUUUAUCGAGGCCCCUUCCAGAAAGUGCAGAAUAAGCAGUUUUCCUGAAGGGUGGUAUGUACCAGGAUCUAGCUUGUGUGGAUCUAAGACUAUCGGCUGAAAGAUUCAGAUCUACUCACGAAGUAGCUCCAGUUUCAACGAAAACUUGGGAAAGACUCCUGCAAAAGCAUCACUGUCUUAUUCCUUGCAUCUUAUUCCCUCCCUCAUGAGUAUUCGUAGUGUCUUUUUAUUUGAUGGCUACAAAACUUGGGACCUGUUUGUGCCAACCAGCAUGUGUUCUAGCGAACCAACACUACACUGAUGUGUGAGCUUAACCGAUUAAUAUAAGCACUCAUUCAUUCUCUGGAUAAACUCUUUCUUCAAAGCGUUUAUUUUAAACUGGCACUUCCCGCCAAAACAAAAUUCCAUGGUACCGUGCCCAUCCAUCUUACUUUUUAUAUCCAGAAGAAAAUUUUUCACAGAAGGAAAAGAUUUUCUAAACUUACUGUAAAUGCAUCUUUUAGAUAUGACCUUAGAAUAUCAUUGGAAAGCACUUGGUUUAAAUUUGCUCCAUUUAUGUCUUCAUGGAUUAUGUACCAGGGCUAUUAAUAUUUAAACUUAUUUCAAUACGGUCGUGAGAUUUUUAUUUCUUUUCAGUUUGAGCUUUUGUCUAUUACAUGAUCAUAUUCAUGCCAGUUAUAAUACAAAUGAGCUAUUUUUAAUGCCUAUAUGGAGGAUCAAGAACAUUAAGUUCAUGUGUCAGGCUUUAUCGUGUGUGGUAAAAUUCCAGGGGAUGUGAUUUGAUCUGGAAUAUAUCCAAAUUCUUACAAUUAUGAUACUGAGUUCUGAAAGGUUUCUGUUGCUUUUAAUCAUGGGUAGUGCUUAUUUCUCCCUCUAUUAAGAAUGUUCAUAUUUUGGAUUAUAAGUGUCUAAGUUAUAGACAGAAUUUACCUAUGUAAGACAUAACUGCAACAUUUUAAUGAAAAUUAAAAGUGUUUUAAGAGGGAAAACUUCUGAAUGUUUUUAUGUACAAGUGCCUAGCUGAAGAACCAUAGAAACAGGAAGUUCAAAAUCUCUUAAAUAUGGACACUAUACUGAUUAAAUAUUAACCAAAUACAAAUCAGUAAUAACAUAGUACUUUUUGAUGGCUAUAAGUUAAAAGAUGUGGGUGGGGGAAAUGAAUAUUUAAUUGAUAAGAAAAUUAAUUUGUGUUACAUAAAUCUUCUGAGAUUGCCUUUGCAGUCAGUAGCCAGUCAUAAUUUUAAAAAGCCCAAAUAACUAACACCAUAGACCUUAUGCUGUCCUUAAGCCAAAAAUACUUUGUAUACCUGGUUGAUGGCUUAUUUAAAUGUAUUGAAGUUCCUUAUACAUUUAAAAUGUACUUCCCUUCAUAAUUAUUCCAUUUUAAAAAGGGGUAACUUUCAAUUUCUGAACUUACUAUUUCUCCUAAGCAUUCCAUUAUAAGAGCUCAGAAAGAUUUCUAGAUGGUAUAUAAAAUUUUCACUGAAACAUGGACAAGCUAAACUGUUAGGUUUAACAUUAGUAUUUUUGUAAUUGAGCAUAGAAAACAAUAGUAAUUAAUGAUUUUCAUAAGACAUUUUUCAAAUAUUCUGCCCCCAAUUUGAUUCCAAAACUUUUUGGAUGUUUAUGAUAUACUCAUCUAUUUAAUUUUUUCCUUCCAACAUAAUGCUUUGGGAAAAUGUGAAUAUGUUAUGAAUAGUUGAAGACAACACACAAGAAAAAACCCUGUUCGGUUUGUUGUUGUGGAAGGGUGGGUAUUCUAAGAUACCAUGGGCUUUGUUUCUCCUGUUAUUUUCUCAGAAAGGAGCAUGGCUUUUUCUUACAUACAUUUCAAUUCAGAGUUGCUUGAAAAAGAUUGGUCUGGAUAGAAAGACAUCCAAAAUUUGAGAUAGAACCACCUUAAAAACAGGUCCAAAGGUAAAAGUCACUUAAAAACUUAACUAUCCUAAAGGAAUGUGUUGCCUUUUCUUCUCUUUCAUUAGUUGGCCAGAAGUCAGAGGUCCUCUUCAUAACAUUAGGAAAUUGCCAUUUUUUUACUUUCAAAAUUGCAUUGUAGUGAAUUACUGUUUACAAAAUACACAUACUGUGAACAGAUAUAACUUUUUGUUUUUUAUAAGGUUGUUUGUAGAGUGAGUGUUUUUUUUUUAAGGGUUCUGUGUUAAAUAUUUUCAGUUUUUAAAAUAAAUACUAGUAACUGUUUACUAAUUUUUGUUUGGUCAGGUGUGUGCAGAUGUAGCGGAAAGAUAGGGAGAAAUCAAAUCCAACACCGUUCCUGUAUUCAUUUCUUAAAAUGUCACCACUACAGACCUAAAAAAAACAACAACAAAAAACCCGAGCUAUAAUUUGUGAUAAUCUGUACCUAAAAUCAUACUUAAUCAUGUAAGGAAACAUCUAAAUACUCAUGUAGAGGAAGCAAACUACAGAUUGCAGUAUAUUUGUGUGAUUCAGUCUGAUUCACAGAAUUCCGAGUUCAAAAUGGAAUAAAACAACUCCACUUAACAGAGAUGACAACUGAAGUAUUUUCUGCCUUGUGAAAAUGUGGAGAUUAUGUUGCUGUUAGAAUGGAAAAUUUGAACAUUUUAUAUCCUCGUAUAAUUUCAGAAUUUAGUUUCCAUAUCUUUUGGAGAACAUGGUUAUAUCAAGAACAUAGAAUAUAAGUAACCUAUUACUAAGACACCUUAAAUGUAAAACUAGUAUGCUUGGCUGUUAACUCUAAAGAUGUUACUUAUGUUUGUUUUUAAAACGUGCAUGUAUUUAACAAUUUUAUCAUAGUAUUGUCAUGGAAAAAAAUAAAUAUAUUUUCUUACAACUUACGCAGA